AUGGACUUCACAAACGGCACCAAUGGCCACACAAAUGGUGUCAACGGCCACUACGAAGCCAUCGAGCCCCUCAAGAUCACGAUAUGUGGUGCCGGCAUCGGCGGCCUCAGCGCAGCAAUAUUCUUGCGCCAACGCGGACACAAGGUGACCCUUCUCGAAGCCUCGCGCUUCUCUAAUGAACUCGGCGCAGCCGUGCACCUUGCGCCCAACGCCAACGGUCUUCUCAGGCGUAUGGGUCUCAUCCCCGAAGCCCAUGGCGCGAUAACAUGCAAGCUCCUGACACAGCUCUUUCCGAACGGGAAAGAGAUGUUUACUGUUCCCCUAGAGAAGGAUGCGGGACGGUGGCAGCACCCGUGGCAACUUGCGCAUCGUGUGAGUCUGCACAGUGAAUUGAAGAGGCUGGCUACGUGUGAGGAAGGGAACGGUACGCCAGCGGAUUUAAGACUGAGGAGUAAGGUUGUGGAUGUCGAUGCCAAAGCUGGUGUUGUUACGCUAGAAGAUGGAAGUACGAUCGAGAGUGAUGUCGUUGUUGGAGCAGAUGGCGUACAUUCAAAAACACGACCACGGAUUCCAGGCGCGGAGAACAUCAAGACGUUUGGAAGUGGCAAGUCAGCAUUCAGGUUCCUGAUUCCGAGACAGAGGGCGCUGGAUGAAGAAAUGACGCGUAAGUUUGCGGAAAACGAGGGCCAUCUCAUUAUGAUUUUCGCGAGGGAUAGGAGGGUUGUCGUGUAUCCGACGAGCGAUAACACGUUAUUGAACUUUGUUUGUAUCCAUCCGACAAGCGAGAGCCAAAUCAACCCUCAAGAGCCUGGGAGUAGCGAUUGGCAGAAUCAGGGCAAUUUGAACAAGAUGUUGGAGGUUUACAGGGACUUUGAGCCGGCGGUGCUCAAGUUGCUGAGUAUGGCGGAUGAGGAAACGUUGAAGGUAUGGGAGCUGCUGGAUAUGGAGCAGCUCCCAACUUGGACGGAUGAGAAGUUGGUCUUGAUUGGAGAUGCUGCGCAUCCUUUUACUCCUCACCAGGGACAAGGAGCAGGCCAAGCCAUCGAAGACGCUGCAUCCCUCGCCGUCAUGCUCCCGCUAGGCACCCCUCUAGACUCCAUUCCCGCACGACUGAAACUCUACGAGAAAUGCAGAUACGAGCGCGCAUCUGCCAUCCAAGAAUACUCCCGCCUAGCAGGAAAAGAUCUCGGCAGCGGUCCACCCGUCGACCCGCAGAAGUUCACAAACUACAACUUCGGCCACGACGAAUGGGAUUACUCCAGCCAGAUGCUCCGUAAAUGGGAGUGGGAGAACAAGAAAGGUCUGUUUUGGCGGAUGCCCACGGCCUUUGGUCCUAUGCCAGGGCCAAGACAGGAUUUCCUUGGUAGACCGAGAGACGGAUCGAAAGCUACGUUCAAGACUGCUAGUAUCAAGUUCAAGACGAGCAGGACAGUGCUGGAGAAUCUCUUGCCUACGGAGAAGUUGAAGUUUGCUGCCGCGAAUACUACUGCAUAUGCGACGUUUGCUGUGACGCAGCUGGACAAUCUGGACUGGCUUGGUGGCAGGGGAUACAGUCAUUUCGGAUUGUACAUCCAUGGCAUUCAGCACACAAACGCCAGUGGAGGGACAGUGACAGGCACCUAUCUGCCCGUCCUGUUCGAGAACCUGGCUGACCCCAUACUGAGUGGCAGAGAAGAGCUAGGUUUCCCCAAGCUCUUCGCCGAGCUCAACCUGAAGAAGGACCACAGCAACUGGGCGCUUGACGCGGGCUGGAUGUCAUCGAAGUUCUGCAGCAUGUCGCUGUCGGGUCUGCAGGAAGUUUCGGCGACGAACGAUGCAGCGCCGGCACCAUUUCCUCCUCUUCCAAAAGAUGAGGGCUUGUUGUUCCAUAAAUAUGUUCCCGCUACUGGUAGUACAGGUAGCAAGGAGCGUGGACAAGCAGACGUGGAGUACACAGUUUUCCUGCCAGGUGAGGAGGACGCGAGGACCGUGGAGAAGAAGGUCGAGCGUACGUUGAAGGCAAGCUCAGCCGAGAUCGCUUUCGAUGCCCUUGACUGGAAAGCCCUGCCAACACUGCAUCACAUCAUCGAGAGACUGCAGGAAGUGCCGGUGUAUGAAGUUGUCGAGGCCAAGGUAGUUGAAGGUACCGGAGUAAGCGAUGUGAGCUCGGUAUGUAAGUUAGCAUGA